AUGGAUGGAAAUCGAAGAUAUGCUAAAAAGCGGAAGUUGAAGGAAGGGGAUGGACAUAGGGUUGGGUUUUUGGUUCUGAUGUCCAUGCUCAAGUAUUGUUAUGAGUUGGGAGUCAGAUAUGUGACUAUAUAUGCCUUUAGUAUUGAUAAUUUCAAAAGGGACCCUGAAGAAGUUCAAUCCUUGAUGGACCUGAUACAGGAGAAAAUAGAAGGGUUAAUCAAGGAAGAAAGCAUAGUUAACCGCUAUGGAAUUAAGGUACACUUUAUAGGGAACCUAAAACUCUUGAGUGAACCUGUUAGGUUGGCAGCUGAGAGGGCUAUGGAGGCCACUGCCAACAACUCCAGAGGAGUUCUGUCAAUAUGUAUUGCCUACACUUCCACUGAUGAGAUUGCGCAUGCUGUUCAAGAAUCGUGCAAAGAAAAAUAA